UAUAAUCAUUUACACCGCUGAGCAGAUUACAGUAUUUCAUCAGAAAAUGUGCAAGUAACCUAGAUAGACAGGAACAGUUUAGUGAAUUGUGGUUGGCUUUCAAAUUUGAUCAGACGUUGGAAAUAUUUAUCCCACGGAAACAAUGCGCACCACCUGUAAGAAGAGUCUUGUGAUGAUUUUAGUCUGUGGACUACUGCUGCUAGUCUUCUUUCAUUAUUGGAGCCCUGGGACCAGCUCAGCAGUUGACAUACAGCCAAGACAGCGAAGUCCGAUAAAUAAUCUUCUCGAUGUGAAAAUUCAAGACAUAAUCAGUGGCUAUAGUGACGUUCCCUACCACAUAAAGGAGGAUGUGGCACGUCGUUUGGCUCAAACUACAUGUGUGUGUGUGGCUGAUAAGGAGACCUUUCAACUGCCAUUCUCCAAUCUGCUCUUCCCACGCGUGUGGGCCCAUAACCUUGGUACCGCGUUCUUAGAGUCCCAUCCUGACCCUGAGGGUACAAAGCGUCACCGAGCGCAGGAAUACAGCAGCUUUCAGAAGAGGUCCUACAAUCCUGCAGAUGUGCUGAUUAUAGCUGAGGCCAACAAUCCUCUUCAGUAUCCUACCCAGGGCGUGGAGGUGCGACCCCUCAAAACAAUCAUCAUUCCUGGUUUGGGUCUUAAAGAAGAAAAAAGACCAAACCAUACGGUAUAUUUGACAGCAACACUGGGGACUUUUGAUGUGGCUGCUACAGUGGACGGAGUUUCUGUUAAAGGAGAGGGAGAUAAGCACAUGACACUGUCGAGUCCUCUUCUCUCUGCCCUGAAUAGGCAGCUGCAGUUUGUCACCUAUACAAACACUGUGUUCCAUCCCAAGACAGCAGAUACAGUUCAGUUUGCAACUAAAGAUCAUCAGUCAUUUUUCACCAUUAAAGUUGGACAUGCAACCAUACCAAAACUUUACAACUCUGGAUACCAAGGAGAGUACAAUAUUAGUGCUCUAGUUACCAUCGCCACCAAGACCUUUCUACGCUAUGACAAACUCAAAGAUCUCAUCGACAGCAUACGGCAAUAUUAUCCCACCGUCACCAUAGUGAUAGCAGAUGAUAAUGAACACCCUCAACCAGUGCCCGGGCCUCACAUUGAACACUACACCAUGCCAUUUGGAAAGGGCUGGUUUGCGGGUAGAAACCUGGCAGUGUCUCAGGUGACCACCAAGUAUGUGCUCUGGGUGGAUGAUGAUUUUAUCUUCACUGCAAACACCAAGUUGGAGAAGAUGGUGGACAUCCUAGAGAAGACCACUCUGGAUCUGGUUGGUGGUGCAGUGAGAGAGGUGACCGGCUACACUGCAACAUACCGUCACACCAUUUCAGUGGAAGAAGGGGGAGAGGAGGGCGACUGUUUACAUAUCAGAAAUGGCUACCAUCAUGUCAUUGAGGGAUUUCCCAACUGUGUGGUAGCUGAUGCCGUCAUCAACUUCUUCAUGGGGAGGACAAACAAGGUGCAGCAGGUGGGCUUUGACCCCCGCCUGGCACGGCAGGCUCAUCUAGAGUUCUACAUCGACGCUCUGGGCAUCCUCCACAUUGGCUCCUGUAGUGAUGUCAUAGUAAGCCACGCAUCAAAGAUCAAACUACCCUGGAGUAAAACAGACACAGAAAAGGCUUACGACAAAUUUCGCUAUUCUUCUUCCAAGACAAAUAGUAACAUGCAUAAUGAAGUCUACUACUUCAAGAACAGGUUUAAGUGCAUGACCAGUCAGUGAAACCCAGGGAUUCCGUGUGUCUGUUUACUGCUAAUGUGAGGAAAAAAGGGAAAUAAGUGUUGGCAAAGAGAAGAAGUCUACUGUUGUAGUACUUGCUGUUAAACAGAUUGGGUGGACAGAUUUAGGCACUUUUUCAAGUCACUAAUGUAAGAGUACUUACAAUAAUGGAAAUUCACCACAAGCAACUUUGUCUGCUUAGUGUUUUUUUUUUUAUUGUAAUAAAAUCAAAUAUUGUCCCAUUCCAUGGAUCUUCCCAUUCUGAAAUUGUAACAACAUUGCUGGUCCCUCUAAAGAAAUGAGCCGCCACAACUGAAAACAAGCCCAGUCAAAUGAAAAACACAGUUUAUUAGUUAUUACUAACUUGCUAUUUAUCAUGGUUUUGCUACUCAGGGAACAUGUCAUGUUCAUAAAAUGUUUUUGAAUGUAUUGCGAGGCUCCAAAGAACAAAGUGACGAAGUGGUGUGAGUAUGUAUUGCUGAGCAAGCAAACUAGGUUGUAAGGUAAAGGUUGUAAACUGAGUAUUUAUAUUACACUGCUGUGCAGUUUCUGGAGUUAUCAUUUGCACUUUGCUCUGUUGCUCUGUUAGUCAGACUGAAAUUGAAUUCCCUUUCUGCCAUAUAUAUAUAUGAGAGAGAGAGAGAGAGAGUUCACUCUUUUAUUUUUUAUUUUUAUACACAGGCUGAAAUACACACUUUAUGCACUUGUGGACAUGCAUCAGGGAGAGAGAUGGUGGAUUGAUGGGCUGCCACGUUAGCAGCGCCCAUGAGCAGUGUCUAGGGGUUAGGUUGCCUUGCUCAAGGGCAC